AUUGUUUUGCGACUAACUUCAUGUCGACCAUCACUUUUUGACGUUUGUUGGAUUCGUGGAUGUGUUUUCGGGAAGCGGAGAAGAGAGAAAAUAAUCGAAGAAAUGGUCCUGAAGGAGCAAGAUCAGAAUAUUAUGGAGCAGGAGACGGAGAUAAAGGACGAUAUUGAACCCACGAAGCCGUUCACCCUAGAGAUUCUGAAAGUGAUCAAGGAUAGCCAUCAGCAGCACGGCUUGAGGCAUGGAGAUUACCAGCGGUACCGCGGCUACUGCUCGCGCCGUAUCGCCAGGUUGAGGAAGGUGCUGAAGCUGCCGCAGGGUGAUCGCAGGCACUUCAAGAGGAAGGAUGUGACCGAGGUGCACGUGACGAAUCCGAAAAUUGACGACAAGUGUCUGCAGCUACCUCUGAUGAUGGCGGAGAGGAAUUGGGCGUACGCUAUGCAGUUGAGGCAGGAGAGCAAUACAGAGCCGAGGAAAAAGUUCCACUUCAUUCAGAAGCUGAGGAAGGCUUGCGUUUAUUCUGAGCAGCUGGAGGAAUUGUGCAAGUUUGAUAGGUGCGAUGCUCGCACGAAACUGGAAGCUCAGGCGUACGUGGCUUGGAUGCACGGUACUCUGCAUUUUGAGUUGCAGUUGUGGCCGAAGGCCACCGAGAAUCUGAAGAAGGCUCAGGUGAUCUACGAGAAGCUGUCUUCGGCUCUGCCCGAGGAUGAGCAGGCGUUGUACAUGAAGCGCGUGGAGGAGAUCAAGCCGAGCCUGCGUUACUGCGCCUACAACAUCGGCGACCAGAAGAUCGAUCUGCUGGAGUUGAGGUCGCAGGGCAUCCUGGAAAACUACGAGACUCUCGUGACUCAGACCAAGGAGAAGACGGCGGCGGUGCUGCACGAGGUGUCCUGGUUCGGGAUCAAGGUGCCCAUCCGCAUGGAUCGCGUCCGACUGUUCAUGGUGUCCAUCGAGAAGCUGGACGAAUCUCUGGCGCACGCCGAUACCGUUCAGGCGAAGAUCAAGAUCCUCGAGGAUAUGCUGAUGGAUCUGAGGGACGUGAUCGCUGAGGUCAGGAAGGUCGUCACCGAGAACAAGGAGCAGCUGCUGCUCUCUUAUCUGCUGUCCAUCAGGAUCGACAGGACGGUGCAGAGGAAUCUGCUGCUGAUCAAGCAGACGAAGAAGCCGCAGGACGUGUGUCGUCUGCUGGACAUCAUUUUGCAGCAGUUGAACGAGGUCAUGCAGUUCGAGCAGCUGCAGGGUGACAAGAAGGCGGAGACGCAGUACAACGAUCAGGUGUUGGCGUAUCGCGCUCUGAGGGCGUUCUACAUGGCCAAGACUCAUGCGUUGUUCAGGAGAUGGAAGGAGGCUGCCGUCACGUUCAACAUUUGCGAGGAGCGCGCACGCGAGGUCAAGGGGAAGAAGUUCAUCGCGAUCCUGCAGGAGCUGCUCGACAAUCUGGUAACGAAUUCGCAGGUGGAGAAGGCCGUCGCGCAUGCGAACGUCGUGCUGGAGAAGUGCGAGGAGGAGGCGGCGCCCGUUCCGCAGAAGGCGUACAAGAGCAAGAAACCGCUGAUCGAGCGGCUGGACGAGUUCCGCGAGGAUCCCCAACUGCUGACGAAGAACCCGAACGUGGUGACGAUACCGUGUCCCAUGGAGCCGGUCGCUCCGAAACCGCUCUUCUACGAUCUCGCCCUCAAUUACGUGCAGAUGCCGGAGGAGCUGCAGGACAAGAUCGACGGCGGCAAGAAGGACCAGAGCAAACAGCAGAGCGGCAUCUCCGGCUUCGUCAAAGGCCUCUGGGGUUGGGGCAAAUAAGACCAUACACCUUCUCCAACCCUUAUCCUUUUCUUCUAUUAUUUUUCCAUUUCUACAUAUCUAGGUUCUCGGUCUAUCAAAUAGAAAGUAUUUUUAUUUUC